AUGACCAUAAGUUUGCCACCAAACCUUUGUCAUUGCGAACUAUCCGUCUGUAGGAAGAGAAGCACAGGGAAACAGAGCCAGCAAAACCUCAAUCAAAACAAAAAAUCCAAAUUGUCGUUUCCAAAAGCAAAACCUACACCACUUUUAACCAACCGAGUGAACUCCUCACUUACAAAACUUCAAGCUCUUGAAUUUGUCAUAAAAGACCUCGAAACCUCGUCGAAGAGGGGAAUCGAGAUCAAUGAUACUGACAUUUUUGCUUCUCUUCUAGAAACCUGCUUUAAAUUGGGAGCAUUUGAUCAUGCCCUUCGAGUACAUCGUCUUAUUCCUGGAAAACUUGUGCGGAAAAAUGUAGGAAUCUCAUCAAAGCUCAUUAGGAUCUAUGCUUGCAGUGGCCUGAUGGAGGAGGCCCAUCAACUGUUUGAUAUAAUGCCUAAACGAGAUGAGUCCGCUUUCCCUUGGAAUUCACUCAUAGCAGGUUAUGCUGAUAUGAAUUUGCAUGAAGAUGCAUUGGCACUGUACUUUCAGAUGGUUGAAGAGGGCGUGGAACCCGAUGAGUACACAUUUCCUCGCGUUCUGAAGGCUUGUGGAGGCAUUGGAUCGAUCCAAAUCGCAGAAGAAAUUCAUCGCCAUAUGAUUCGUUAUGGGUAUGGUAAUGAUGGGUUUGCUCUUAAUGCAAUGGUUGAUGUCUAUGCCAAGUGCGGUGACAUUCUUAAGGCUCGAAAGGUUUUCGAUAGAAUUAGAGACAAGGACUUGGUAUCUUGGAAUUCAAUGGUUAAGGGAUACAUUAGACAUGAACUUCAGGCCGAGGCAAUGAAUUUAGUUAGGACAAUGGUUCGUGAGGGAUUCAAACCUGACUCUGUCACUUUAUCUGCGUUGUUUACAAGUGUCUCAUCGUUGAAACUUGGACGUCAAAUUCACGGAUGGGCUCUUCGUAAUGGGAUUGGAUGGGAUUUAUCUGUUGCCAAUGCAUUGAUAGUUUUCUACUCUAAUAGUAACAGAUUAACAGAAGCUUGCUUGUUGUUUGAGCACAUGCCAAGAAGGGAUUCAGUUACUUGGAACUCAAUAAUAGCAGCUCAUUCGAAAGAUCGUAAAGCUUUAGUUUACUUUCAGCGGAUGAAGACGGAAGCUAAUGCCUUGCCUGAUCGCAUAACAUUUGUGUCCUUGUUAUCUGGAUGUGCUUAUUUAGGCUUGGUGGAAGAUGGGGAGAAGUUGUUUAGCAUGAUGAGAAAUGAGUAUGGUAUAAGCCCCAUCAUGGAACACUAUGCCUGCAUGGUCAAUCUCUACUCAAGGGCUGGAUUAAUUGAUAAAGCUCAUGAUAUUAUAGUGGAAAAAAUGGAAAGUGCAGCUGGAGCAACUGUUUGGGGAGCGUUGCUUUACGGUUGCUACCUCCAUGGCAAUGUCGAAGUUGCAGAGAUUGCUGCCACUGCUCUGUUUGAGUUGGAGCCUGAUAAUGAGCUCAAUUUUGAACUUUUGAUGAAGGUUUACACCAAGGCAGAUAGGAAUGAGGAUGUUGAAAGAGUUAGGAGAAUGAUGGUGGAAAGGGGACUAGACUGUUAG